UCAAAAUGAUCCCAGAGUUUUUCAUAGCCCUUGUGUCCGCAUGCUGAAGUUAGCUUUGAGCUAGCUGGCUACCAGUGCUCCGGCGCCUGCACAGCUGUUGACUUGGUAUCAUUCACAAAAUGGCAACAGAAGCGAAACGACCCAAGGUAGAUGAAGGCUCAGAGCUCAGUCCUCUGGAGAAUUUUCUGCGGUGGUGCAGUAGAGUCGGUUUGGUACUCAGCAAUAAGGUGUAUGUGAGUAAAGAGGGAACCGUUGCAGAGUAUGGGAUGCUGGCUAAGGACAACAUAGAAGAGGGGGAGGUUUUAUUCACUAUCCCCAGAUCAGCUCUUCUCCACCAGGGAACAACCAAAGUGUCUGCCCUCCUGGAGAAAGAGAAGUCAUCACUGGAGAGCUCUUCAGGCUGGGUUCCCCUGCUGUUGACUCUGCUGUACGAACACACGUCCUCAGAGUCCCACUGGAAACCUUACCUCUCUCUUUGGACCGACUUCAAGACAUUGGAUCACCCUAUGUUCUGGUCUAAUGAAGAGAGAAGCAGACUGCUGAGGGGAACAGGUAUUCCAGAGGCUGUGGAUACAGACUUGGCUAACAUCCGUAGGGAAUACACAGAUGUGGUCCUGCCUUUUAUCAUCCAGCAUCCUGAUUUCUGGAACCCCAACACACACACACUGGACUUGUACACACAGCUGGUGGCCUUUGUCAUGGCCUACAGUUUCCAAGAGCCACAGGAAGAGGAUGAUGAUGAAGACGAGGACGAGGAAGAGGAGAAGGCUCCCAAUCCACCAAUGAUGGUUCCCAUGGCCGACAUGCUAAACCACGUGUCUAAUCACAACGCUAAUCUGGAGUUCACACCAGACAGUCUGAAGAUGGUUUGCGUGCGGCCCAUUCAUAAAGGCGAGGAGGUGUUUAACACCUACGGGCAGAUGGCCAACUGGCAGCUGCUUCAUAUGUACGGCUUCACCGAACCUUAUCCAAGCAACAUCAACGACACUGCUGACAUCCCCAUCACCAACCUCUACAAAGUCGUCAGACAAGGUAUUCAGUCUGAUUUGGACCGGCAGCUGGUGGAGGAGCAGUGGGAGAUGCUGUGUCAGAUGAUGCCAGAGAAAGGAGCCUUUGUCUUUGGUAAACAGGGCUGCCUCACCGACUCAGAGCUACAUACUGCACUCAAGGUGCUGUGUAUGUCAAAGGAAGAGUUCUCAGAUUUCAAAGAAAAUGAAGGAUGGGAGGAAGAUGAUGAGGAAGAAGAGAAGAUUUCACUCGGUUUCUCUAAUGAGGGUCUCCCAGGAUUAAAGGCUUCGUGGAAAGGGCUGAUUCAUGAAGCCGCCCGUAUAACUCUGAGGUCCUAUGAAGACGGUGACGAGGGGGAGAAAAUCAGGGAUGGUGACCAGGCACUGAUAGAGGACAAGGCAGCCUUAGCUGGACUGAGCCGCAGGCAGCAGAAUGCACUGCAGGUAAAAUUUGGACAGAGGACCAUCCUGCACAGACUGAUGGAGCUCACUAAGCCAUGAGUACAGCUGUGACAGGGACUGGGACUUUAGUGGAAACUUUUUUUUUUAUCUAAAAACUUCUUUCAAAACACUGUCAAAUUUGUUCCCCUGAAGAUGUUUUUUUAUUUUCAGCAGUUCUUGUUUUGUACUCCUACUGACUGUGUUGAUAAUUAAAAUGUUUUGUCUUUACCUGUACAGAAAACAGGUAUUAUGAUGACAAA